AUGGAUUUCAACAUGAAGAAGCUGGCAUCGGACGCGGGCGUCUUCUUCACCCGAGCGGUGCAGUUCACGGAGGAGAAACUCGGCCAGGCGGAGAAGACCGAGUUAGAUGCCCACUUUGAAAACCUCCUCGCUCGAGCAGACACCACCAAAAAUUGGACCGAGAAGAUUUUACGACAGACGGAAGUCCUGCUUCAGCCGAACCCCAGUGCCCGAGUGGAGGAGUUCCUGUACGAGAAGCUGGACCGGAAGGUCCCGUCCCGGGUGACCAAUGUGGAACUUCUGGCCCAGUACAUGAUGGAAGCGGCCAGCGACUUCGGCGCCACCUCUCCCUAUGGCAAAACUCUCAUCAAAGUUGGGGAAACCGAACGGCGCCUUGGAGGAGUUGAGCGGGACUUCAUUCACGCGGCUUCCAUCAAUUUCCUGACUCCUCUGCGCAACUUCCUGGAGGGAGACUGGAGAACCAUUUCGAAAGAGCGACGGAUCCUGCAAAACCGUCGGCUGGACCUGGACGCUUGUAAAGCUCGGCUGAAGAAAGCAAAGGCUGCGGAGGCGAAAGCCGCGGCGGUGCCCGACUUUCAAGAGACUAGACCUCGUAAUUACAUUCUCUCCGCCAGCGCAGCCGCGCUUUGGAGUGACGAGGUGGAAAAAGCGGAGCACGAACUGCGACUGGCCCAGACGGAGUUUGACCGACAGGCCGAAGUCACUCGGCUUCUCUUGGAAGGCAUCAGCAGCACGCAUGUCAACCACCUCCGAUGCCUCCAUGAGUUUGCAGAAGCUCAGACCACGUAUUUUGCGCAGUGCUACCAAUACAUGUUGGACCUCCAGAAGCAGCUGAACAGGCUGCCGGGGACCUUCGUGGGCAACGCAGAGUCCACGUCGCCCCCGCCCAACGCUGCUUCCCCGACAGGCAUGGUCACUGCCACGGGGCCCGCCGUGCCCACCCUCCCGGUGGUGCCCACGAUCGCCGGGGCACCCAAUUCAGCUCCGGGGGUUGAAGCGCUGAACCCCAGCGAGGUGAAGCCCCCGACCAGCGGGACCCGGAGAGCCCGGGUGCUGUAUGACUACGAAGCAGCGGACAGCAGCGAGCUCUCCCUCCUCUCGGAUGAGAUGAUCACUGUGUACAGUCUCCCAGGGAUGGACCCUGACUGGCUGAUUGGAGAGAGGGGGAACAAAAAAGGCAAAGUCCCCGUCACCUACUUAGAGCUGCUGAGUUAAACGCACCGCCUGGCAAGGACUCUUCAAGCAAAACCCUCGUCUCUC